AUGAUUGAUAAUAAAGUGAUAACGAUACAUGAGAAAUGGCAUUCGAUUCUAGGUGAAGAAAUACCUUUGAUUGAACCUCACGAUUAUGUUAAACUCAGUAAAAUUUUAGCACCUCCAAAAUUGACAGCUCACGAAAUGAACGGAAGUGUUGCUUACGUUCUUCACUAUAUUCGCCAGAAAGUUAAAAUGUGGGGGGCUGAUGUUCUUAGAGCAGAAAAUAUUAAAACUUUGGUCGAGGAAGACGAUGAUGUUUCUGAUGAGGAAUCCGAAUCUUCUGAUAUGGGAUCAAUGGACGAAGGCCAAGAUGUUCGGAAAAAUCAAUUGUCUCGAUUUGAUUGCCUUGCUAGUUUGCUUGCCUCUGUAGAAUGCACUGUAGCUCAAGAUAUCUUUCGAACCUUAUCUCAAUUCCCAGUUGCACUUCCUUUGACAAUACCCGAAUUAGAUAAAGAAGAAAUGUUUAAAGUGAUGCUUCCUUUGCUUGUUGGUCCAGUUAUCAAGUGGGAAACGAAACCUGGAACAAUUGUUGAAAACCACCUUUUCAAUGAUCGUUUCAGAUUGAUUGUCGCCAUUCGAAUCGGAACAAACUCUCCAGGUAAAAGCGUCAUUCUCAACCAAUUAAUGGCAUCGGAUUCUAUGUUCUCUUCGAGUUGUGAACCAAGAGCAGAAUAUGGGAUUCCACAUAUGAUUAAUGGAAGCAUCGAGUUUACUUGGCUAACCCAAGAAACUUGCGGGGUGAGUCUAUGGAAUGACGUUUUUGAAAAUUAUUAUAAAGAAGGGGCAAAGGAAAUCGCUUUACUUGCGAAUUUACAUGGAGAUGCUUUAGAUUAUCCAGAUCAAAUUAAAUUUUUAAAGCAACUUCCUUCUAGUUUCUUGAUUUUUUUAAUGCCUGGAUGUACCACAAGUCAAAUAGAUAAACUCGAGGCUCUAAUUGGACCCAAAAAAAUCAUAUAUGGCUGGGUGAAUAAAAAGAACACAGACAAAAAGAAAUACACGAUCGACACCAAAUUUUUAAUGAAAGAUAAAACAUUAAAAAAAGUACGCAUGAUGUUUAAAGAAGCUUUAGAUUUUGAUACUUCAUCAUUCAAUGCUAUGAUUAAAUUGAGAGGAUCGCUUCAAUUGGCCGAAAGCAUUGAACUUGCCGAGUCUCAGCUUUUGGCAGACUUUGUCAAAGAAAAAACUUGUCGUCACAUUAAACUGGAAGUUAUGCAGCUUCAAAGAAAACCACCCAACGAUCUCCAAAUUUGGAAAAAUAAUACAGAGUUGCAAUAUUUAAUAUUUUUGUACAUAAACAUUCUAAAACUACCUCUCAACAAAAGGAUACGAGCUCUAGCACAUCUUGAAAGAGAAGUAUCCAGGCUUUCUAUGAUAGAAUCCUCUGGGGUUCGAAAUCAGGCUGUGUUGAAAAGAGAAGAAUUGCGUAAAUCCAGUUUGGUUGAUAGCAUGAGUUUAGGUUUGGAACAUUUUUUCCGUGAGUUGGGACAAAUCUACAAGAUUUCUUCUAUCAACGACCCAGACAGUGAAAUUGUAUUGAAGUUGCCAGAACUUUACGCUCAACUACUGAUUGGUGGCCACACCAUAGAAUUACUUGAUGGUGAUGCUGGAUCUAUAUCUGAAGCUUGGUUCUCAGCCAUUUGUGGGCAUAUUUGUAAUGCAUAUCCUAGACUUAGAAUUUUUGUAGUCAGCAUACUUGGCCUACAAUCAUCAGGAAAGUCAACUCUCUUGAAUGCUCUUUUUGCAUGUAGAUUUGCUGUUUCAGUUGGGCGUUGUACUAGAGGUCUUUUCAUGCGAUUAUUGUUUUUGGAAAAAAAUUUAUCCGACCAACUUGGCGUUGAUGCAUUUGUCCUAAUUGACACUGAAGGUCUUGGUGCACCAGAAAAGAUGGAUGACCCAGAAUCGGAAAAGAAAGAUCGAAUAUUAGCAACUUUUGCAAUGGGUGUAAGCAAUUUAACAAUUCUCAAUGUGCUUGGAGAAUCAACACGUGACUUGACUGAGAUUUUGCAGAUAGCAAUUGUAACAAUGGCACGUCUUGAAGAAGCUGGAAUAGCCCCUGACAUUAUGAUGGUGCAGCAUGUUUCUGAACGAAAUGCAGCAAGACUGUCUGAGCCAGAAGAAAAAUUUCGGGCGGCUCUUCAAGAGGCUUUGAAAAUAGCUAAAGAACAAGACAUUGAGAUGGGAAUAUCCAAUACAGACUGUCUCCAAAUACUUGAUGAAAGGAUAAAAAAAGGCCAGCUUCUUAAACAAUUUCGGCCAUUUAAAAAUGGUGCAACUGCCUAUGCCCCACCAUCAGAGCAAUACCAUGAGGAUGUUGUGAAUUUAUACAACUCCAUAAUUAAUGAUUGUAAGAAUUCGCAGAGCAAAAUUGAAUUUUCGAAAUGGCAUUCGCUAAUUCAAGACUAUUGGAAUGCAGUAUCUCAUGAGGACUUUGCUGUUCGUUUCAAAAACAUCAGAGAAAUUUAUGAAUUUAUUGAUCUUGGCAAACGAAUCACAAAGUUGAAGGAAACCAUCGACAAAGCAUUCCUAAAACACGAGGAAUCAAUUAUGCAAAAAAUUCGAAAGUCAACUCUCUUGAAUGCUCUUUUUGCAUGUAGAUUUGCUGUUUCAGUUGGGCGUUGUACUAGAGGUCUUUUCAUGCGAUUAUUGUUUUUGGAAAAAAAUUUAUCCGACCAACUUGGCGUUGAUGCAUUUGUCCUAAUUGACACUGAAGGUCUUGGUGCACCAGAAAAGAUGGAUGACCCAGAAUCGGAAAAGAAAGAUCGAAUAUUAGCAACUUUUGCAAUGGGUGUAAGCAAUUUAACAAUUCUCAAUGUGCUUGGAGAAUCAACACGUGACUUGACUGAGAUUUUGCAGAUAGCAAUUGUAACAAUGGCACGUCUUGAAGAAGCUGGAAUAGCCCCUGACAUUAUGAUGGUGCAGCAUGUUUCUGAACGAAAUGCAGCAAGACUGUCUGAGCCAGAAGAAAAAUUUCGGGCGGCUCUUCAAGAGGCUUUGAAAAUAGCUAAAGAACAAGACAUUGAGAUGGGAAUAUCCAAUACAGACUGUCUCCAAAUACUUGAUGAAAGGAUAAAAAAAGGCCAGCUUCUUAAACAAUUUCGGCCAUUUAAAAAUGGUGCAACUGCCUAUGCCCCACCAUCAGAGCAAUACCAUGAGGAUGUUGUGAAUUUAUACAACUCCAUAAUUAAUGAUUGUAAGAAUUCGCAGAGCAAAAUUGAAUUUUCGAAAUGGCAUUCGCUAAUUCAAGACUAUUGGAAUGCAGUAUCUCAUGAGGACUUUGCUGUUCGUUUCAAAAACAUCAGAGAAAUUUAUGAAUUUAUUGAUCUUGGCAAACGAAUCACAAAGUUGAAGGAAACCAUCGACAAAGCAUUCCUAAAACACGAGGAAUCAAUUAUGCAAAAAAUUCGUACCAAGCUUCAAAGUUGGUCUCCUAAUGACAGAUCAAAUAUGAAUUUACGUCACCAGUGCUUAGAAUUGAUUGAAAAAGGGCUACAGAAAAUACCAGAUUGCAAUGAUUCCGGCUGUGAAGAAUGUGAAAGUAUAAACAAGGAAAGGAUUGAAUUGGAAGAGUACCUCAAAGAUAAGAAUAAUGAAAUGUGUGAAAUAGAAACCAAACAAACAAUUGAGGAUUAUAUCAAACUCAAUCGUCAUUCUGCAUCCAUAAAACUCACUCAGAUGCUCGAUGCCAGUUUCAUCCGAAAAGGUAUUUCAUCCGAAUCUCUUGACAUAAUUAACAACCGUUUAGAAGGGAUUCUAAGGAAUAUGCCAAGUGGUAGACGAUUGACAGAUUAUCAACGUAAAAAAGAAGUUGAAGAAAUAUGGAGUUUGUUGCGAAAUAACAUAUUAUCAAAAUACAACAUUAAGCCAAUAGUGGAUCAAAUAGAUAAGGAGGUCAAAGAUGCGUGUUCUCAUUUAUCGUCAGUAGGAUUCUAUCAACAAUACAUGAAUGGAAACUCUCCAGAUUUAUCUAAAUGCAAGGCAUAUAAAGCAUUUAGAGGCCUUAUUCCAACAUGCUUGGAUAUAAGAGACGCCUGCGCUCUCCAGGAAAAGCUUGAUAAUUUGGUAGAUUCAAUCUUGGAAAAAAGGGCAUCUUAUCAUUAUUACCCUGGAAUUGUGCGCGACCUUGCAAAAGUGAUAGAAAAAACGCUUAACGAUAAUGCAAGUCUUCUUCGCGUCAAAUUUUUGCCAGAAUUCAAAUGGAAUGCUUACUUGUAUGCUUUGUUGAAAUUUAAACCAAAAAUGAUAAGCUUUCAAAAAAAAUGGGAAAUGGAUAAUACUCCACUUGGCAUCCUUGAUCAAAAGAAAGAGGAAUAUUUAAAGAUGAUUGAUACCCGGCUUCAAUAUGGGCAUACACUUGUUUCUGAGGGACAUAUUGCUGGGGAUUAUUUACUGAGGGUCAUUCAUAAAAAAGCAAUGGAUGCAGGAAGCGCUGAGCGAAAAACUGCGGUGCGUAAUAUUGGUUGGUUGACGUGUACUGAAUCAGUUAGGCUUAAAUAUUUUGAGAAUCUUGCUGAACAGGUUCAAAGAGGCGACAAAAAAGAAGCUAUAGAGCAUUUUUCAUGGCCAAAAGGAUCCAUAGAAUAUUGGUUUAAACGUAAAGUUGAUGGUAAUACAAGUGGAAAUCCAAAGCAAAAAUACAAUGAUACCUUUAACUCAGAAUUCAAUCGAGUCAUUCAAGAAAUUCGUAACUGUCAAAGUUUCGAGGCAAUCAAAAAAUUUAUAAAUGAUUACAUGACGCAAGUUGACAAAGUGGACUACAAAUUGGAUCUUAGAGACACAAAAGAUGAAGAUUUUAGAAUAUUCUAUCAUGCUGUCGAGGAAGAGCUUAAAACUAAAGGGGGUGGUCGUUAUCCAAAAGAUGAGCCUUUUCAAGAUCCGUCUAAAGAUAAAUCAAUCAUGGAACUGCUUGGAUGCACAGAAGCGUGUUAUUUUUGUGGAGCUUUGUGUUGGGGAUCUCAGGGACAUUAUAACGACAGUGGCGAAACAAAAAGACAUCAUACUAGCCAUCAACCUGGUGGUCUUGCAAGGUUCAGUUAUAGAGGUUCGAAAGAACUAGUUGCAAUGCCAUGUCAUAAAUUGGAAGAUAAUGUGGGUGUGUGGUAUUUUGGCAAGGAGGACCCAACACCUUGGAGCGUUGUAAAAGCUCAUGAUUUUAAGGAUUGGAGAUUUGAAUCUCACUACCAACACUUAUUUAAUGAUCUUAUGUGCUGGUUCUUUGAAAAAUUGCACGUAGAUCUGGCAAACAAAUAUGGACUCAAACCAUCAACUUAUAACGAAAUGAGUAAAUAUGGUUGUAUAAACUUGAGUUACAGUGAUAUUAUUAGUACGCUUAGAACAAAAAUUUAA